CAACAAUCAACGCAGCUUUCCUGCCGAAUCAUAGCUUGGCCAGCAAUUUUAUGGACCUUCACAUACUUUCGGCCAGUAUUCGCUGUUUCUGACUCUGAAUUCAGCCAAUCGAAGCAGAGUCCGCAUUCACUUGGCUCACGAACACAUCAUAAGAGCCUUCUACGACCACACUUAGCGCAUAGUGGAUCUGGCAACAGUGGAUGACAAUUGUGAAUAGCGAUGAACCAACAACAUGCUGAACGCAAGGCAGAUUGUAUACAUCCGCCACCUAGCCAAGACCCAGCAUCCAUUAAACGCAGAUACCGAGCUGCAGAAGGCACAAAGAACCAUCCAAUACGAAAUACAAGCUUUGUUGCUCCAUUACCGCCGAGAUUCCACAGUAAUUCGAUGGAUCACAAGGGAAGCAACGCGAACAGAGUGCCUCCGCCAUGGUCGACAGUCGCAAAUCCUCCGUGGUCAACUUCAACUCGUCCGCUUUCUGAUAUCCGAGAGCUUACAGAGCCGUCAUUAGUUGAGCUAACAAAUCGGAACCGCGAAAGAGGCGGUCGGCCAUCUUUCAGUAGACAAGGGUCCGUUACGCGUAGGAACUCUAUCGGAAGUCGCAAAGGAUCUCUUGGCAGGAAUAAUUCCUUCAGAGAAUCAGUCAAAGAUGGGAAACAAGGAUCAACAGACAUUGGUGAUCUUGAUAUCAACGACCAUCUUCCCUCAAGCGAGCGAACCGAUGCAUCAAGUGCGUACAGUUUGGCGCUGGAUAAUGUCCCGCCAAAAACAUCAUCUCGAACUGGACGACCACCUCAACGAGCUCCAUCAAUAAUAAGAGAAAAGCAACCAUCACUGCCGCCACCAGUGCCGCGAAAUUUGGGACUGCUGUCGAGGACAUUCGUACGCACCAUGGAACCUAAUAUUGACGUUCUUGAGUUCCCCAAGCACCAGCAUCCACGUGUCGCUAUUGAGAUCCAUGCUGCUGCUUCGCUCUUCGUAGGAGGAGGGAGUGUCGAAGGACAUGUGCGUUUUGUGGUCGAUGAUCUGGAGCGGGUCAGGCAUCGAAGACAACUUGCCAUAUCUCGUAUCUCCGUUGACCUUAUUGGAGUCGAGGAGAUGUCAAGUUCGAGACGAAAUAUAUUUCUAAAUCUUGCUACGGAGCUUAUUGACUCCGACAAUCCUCCUUCCCAUAACAUGGUCGAGUCCCUCAAGCAGAUCUCACCCAUUGACCCAUUUUGGCUGCUUUCACCAUCAGUAUCACACCUACCUUUUAUGAUAAGCUUGCCUUUAGAUGUUGGGCCACCACCGUUUCAUUCAAAGAAUGCUCGAAUACGAUAUGUUUUGAGUGCCACCUCUCUCAUUCGCGAUCAAGGGAAGCAAUAUCUUGUAAGGUCAUCGCAAGAGAUUGCAGUAUUGUCGGUCUAUGAUCCUGAAAAGGCCUUGAUGUCGCUGCCGAGCCCGCUAACGGCUUCUGACGAAUAUAUUCGGCACCGAGAUCAUGGUAUGGAAACAAUUAAAGUAACUGCUGGUUUGCAUCGACAAGUUUGGGUAAGCGGUACAAGUAUUUUCGUUGACGUAGCUGUCAUCAACAAAAGUAAGAAAGCCGUCAAGCGCAUCGAGCUACAGCUUGAGCGUGAUAUUCUCUGUUACAAGCAUGUUGCUGCCACCACCCUCGAGAAAUCAGCUGGUCAAUCCAGGAUUUUUGACAGUAAUGAACGAACCGUUCUCAGUAAGUCGACAAUGAAGCAAGGUGUGGGGGGCUGGAAUGGUGUUGCUGCCCAUUCCUCAGACACUCGGACUUGGGAUCUUGAGAUCCCUCGUGGACACGCGACAGUUAGGUGUGGAAAGUAUUUUGAGGUCCGCUACUUCCUCAAUGUCAUCGCCGGCACGUCUCACAGCAAAAUCAUCACGGUUCAAUUACCAAUAGUCCUCAUUCACAUGAAUUCUUUGGACGUCAUCCCGAACUCGGUGGCCCAAGUUGCGGCUGCGAUCGAAGAGAAACGUUCAAGGCUCCAUCACAAGAGAAGUGAAAGUAUAUAUCCAGACGGUAGCGUCCCAAAAGCGAUCCGAAGGGAGAAAAGUUCUGUUUCUCCGAACUCACCAACCAAACCAGGGCGUCGGCCAUCUAUUGCAGCCGGAAACUUAGGCAAUGUCCAAGGCCGCGCUUUUGCUGCACCACGAAAGCAAAGUCUUGACAAAAUGCGUAAGGAAGUUGAGAUAUUCGAAGAAGUUGAAAAAGAACAAGAAGAGCUGCCGAGAGGGAAUAUCUACAGUCCCCGCCUAUGUGCAAUAGCGGCUCAACACGAACCGACAAUUUGCGGUAGCGAGGCAUACAAAUAUCAUACUCCCCCGUCUAAUCGCAGAGGCAGAGUCUUAACGGACGACGCGGGAGAGGAGGUGACCAAUAGACAUGUCAGAGUACUAGAUCACAAAUACGCCAUGCUUGUGCAGAAUCGCCUAGCUUACAUAGGAAAAAAUCCUUACGAAGUCAAACUUCGAUGGUCGGAUUCCGCGAGUUAGAGGAAGCACGAGAUAAAUUCAACGCGUGCGCCUCAGCAAGUGAUAGUGCAGUCAAAGAGAGGGUAAGUAGAUCUGAAGUUCGGAGCGCAACGAACACAAGAAACAAAAUGAGAAGUCGUGAACGUUGGAAAGGGACUGCAUGGUUCGGAGAUAGGAGAGAGUCGAG